AUGUCGAUAAGGACGACGGUCCGCGAUCAUAUGCCAAACGAUUCGUUAUCAUAUUAACUGACGGUUUGAUGGUUGCAAGUAGCGAACUGAAAACCAAAGCAGACCGUUUACUAAAUUUUCCAAAUAUGAUUGUUGCCACUGUUGGAAUUGGUUCGUCGGUGAAACAUGAUCAUCUUGAACUAAUUUCUACAGACAUAAACGCAAUUCUUAGACCAUCAGCAAAUAGUAUUUGGAAGUAUCUUCAAUCGAAUUUAGCUGUUCCUGGAUGUCUUGCCUGUGAAGUGGAUAUUGGUGGUGACAUACGCAUCCUGCUUGAUAGUUCGAUAUCUACUAGACAAAAACUGUUCGACGAAGGGAGAAAAUUUAUAUAUAAAUUAAUCGAAGAGCUCAUAUCUUUCAAUUUGCUGAAUGUAAAUGUAUCAGUGGAUAUAUUCAGUGAAGAAGUAACAGAGGCAAUUCCGUUACAAAAUAUUUCUAGAAUAAAACGUAAACUUGGUGGACUUUCCCUUGUUGAAUAUAACGGUCAUAAUGUCAACCAAUCAUUGUUGGCACAGCACAUCAAAAAUAUUGGGAUGACGUCAUCGUCCACCAGUUUUAUUAUAUUUAUACCAAAUGGUGUCUUUCUUGAUUCUCAACUUAUAGAGAGAAUUAAACACUCAACAAAUGAGCGAUCGAUCAUUGUAUCGGUAGGUCUUAUUGAAGACCCAAUGUGGGAUAAUUUAGAAGAUCUUGCAACAUAUGGCUAUUUUGUAUUCUCUAGUGAAGAUGCAAUUCUUUUGGCACGUUAUUUGAAAAAGGAAAUGAAAACAACUACAUGCACAUAGAUUACAUUUAGCCAAUUCUUUACAGAGAUUCGAUCAAUACAAUUCAAACGAUCUCGAGGUCAACCAUAGCAAAACAUGCACUUUGCCAUAUUAAAAUAGGGAUAUGCAUCUUGUUAAACGCCUCCGUUCAUAUGGUAUUCAGUACAUCUUAGUAAAUAUGUCGUAUACUCUGUUGUUUGUGAUACAUAGUGUCGUUUUUAUAUUAUUUUUUUAUACAAUGAUGCUUGUAUUUGUAUUGGAAAUUAUUGAGAUUGCUGUAUUUAUGAAUUCGAGGAGUCAUACUGUUUCCAAAACACUUCUUAUAUUCUCCGACAGCCUUUUCUUCAAACGA